AGUUCCCCCUGGCUUGGCGGCCUCUGGAGGGAGACGAGUUCCGGGGAGAAGGAGGGCGGCGACAGGGGCUAGGGAUUGGCGAUCGGAGUGGGGAGGGCCGGCGGCUGAGCGAGCUCGCUGGCUGACGCGAGGAGGGGGAGGCCAACUUCCCGGGAGAAGGGGCUCUUUCGGCGCCAGGGCUGGCUAGGGAGCUACCGCCGCCGCCACCGAGGGCUCGGACUCCAGGCAGCUGCAGGCUCCGCUCGCGGCGCUCGGAAAGUUGGGUCGGACCUGAACCCCUAAAAGCGGAACCGCCUCCCGCCCUCGCCAUCCCGGAGCUGAGUCGCCGGCGGCGGUGGCGGCUGCCAGACCCGGAGUUUCCUCUUUCACUGGAUGGAGCUGAACUUUGGGCGGCCAGAGCAGCACAGCUGUCCGGGGAUCGCUGCAUGCUGAGCUCCCUCGGCAAGACCCAGCGGCGGCUCGGGAUUUUUUUGGGGGGCGGGGACCAGCCCCGCGCCGGCACCAUGUUCCUGGCGACCCUGUACUUCGCGCUGCCGCUCUUGGACUUGCUCCUGUCGGCCGAAGUGAGCGGCGGAGACCGCCUGGAUUGCGUGAAAGCCAGUGAUCAGUGUCUAAAGGAGCAGAGCUGCAGCACCAAGUACCGCACGCUAAGGCAGUGCGUGGCGGGCAAGGAGACCAACUUCAGCCUGGCAUCCGGCCUGGAGGCCAAGGAUGAGUGCCGCAGCGCCAUGGAGGCCCUGAAGCAGAAGUCGCUCUACAACUGCCGCUGCAAGCGGGGUAUGAAGAAGGAGAAGAACUGCCUGCGCAUUUACUGGAGCAUGUACCAGAGCCUGCAGGGAAACGAUCUGCUGGAGGAUUCCCCAUAUGAACCAGUUAACAGCAGAUUGUCAGAUAUAUUCCGGGUGGUCCCCUUCAUAUCAGUGGAGCACAUUCCCAAAGGGAACAACUGCCUGGAUGCAGCCAAGGCCUGCAACCUGGACGACAUUUGCAAGAAGUACAGAUCGGCGUACAUCACCCCGUGCACCACCAGCGUGUCCAACGAUGUCUGCAACCGCCGCAAGUGCCACAAGGCCCUCCGGCAGUUCUUUGACAAGGUCCCGGCCAAGCACAGCUACGGAAUGCUCUUCUGCUCCUGCCGGGACAUCGCCUGCACAGAGCGGAGGCGACAGACCAUCGUGCCUGUGUGCUCCUAUGAAGAGAGGGAGAAGCCCAACUGUUUGAAUUUGCAGGACUCCUGCAAGACGAAUUACAUCUGCAGAUCUCGCCUUGCGGAUUUUUUUACCAACUGCCAGCCAGAGUCAAGGUCUGUCAGCAGCUGUCUAAAGGAAAACUACGCUGACUGCCUCCUCGCCUACUCGGGGCUUAUUGGCACAGUCAUGACCCCCAACUACAUAGACUCCAGUAGCCUCAGUGUGGCCCCAUGGUGUGACUGCAGCAACAGUGGGAACGACCUAGAAGAGUGCUUGAAAUUUUUGAAUUUCUUCAAGGACAAUACGUGUCUUAAAAAUGCAAUUCAAGCCUUUGGCAAUGGCUCCGAUGUGACUGUGUGGCAGCCAGCCGUCCCAGUACAGACCACCACUGCCACUACCACCACUGCCCUCCGGGUUAAGAACAAGCCCCUGGGGCCAGCAGCAUCUGAGAAUGAAAUUCCCACUCAUGUUUUGCCACCGUGUGCAAAUUUACAGGCACAGAAGCUGAAAUCCAAUGUGUCGGGCAAUACGCACCUCUGUAUUUCCAAUGGUAAUUAUGAAAAAGAAGGUCUCGGUGCUUCCAGCCACAUAACCACAAAAUCAAUGGCUGCUCCUCCAAGCUGUGGUCUGAGCCCACUGCUGGUUCUGGUGGUAACCGCUCUGUCCACCCUAUUAUCUUUAUCUUUAACAGAAACAUCAUAGCUGCAUUAAAAAAAUACAAUAUGGACAUGUAAAAAGACAAAAACCAAGUUAUCUGUUUCCUGUUCUCUUGUAUAGCUGAAAUUCCAGUUUUAGGAGCUCAGUUGAGAAACAGUUCCAUUCAACUGGAACUUUUUUUUUUUUUUUUUCCUUUUAAGAAAGCUUCUUGUGAUCCUUCGGGGCUUCUGUGAAAAACCUGAUGCAGUGCUCCAUUCCAAACUCAGAAGUCUUUGGGAUAUGCUGUAUUUUAAAGGGACAGUUUGUAAAUUGGGCUGUAAAGCAAACUGGGGCUGUGUUUUUGAUGAUGAUGAUGAUGACAAUGAUGAUGAUUUUAACAGUUUUACUUCUGGCCUUUCCUAGCUAGAGAAGGAGUUAAUAUUUCUAAGGUAACUCCCGUAUCUCCUUUAAUGACAUUGAUUUCUAAUGAUACAAAUUUCAGCCUACAUUGAUGCCAAGCUUUUUUGCCACAAAGAAGAUUCUUACCAAGAGUGGGCUUUGUGGAAACAGCUGGUACUGAUAUUCACAUUUAUAUAUGUACUAGCAUUUUCCACGCUGAUGUUUAUGUACUGUAAACAGUUCUGCACUCUUGUACAAAAGAAAAAACACCUGUCACAUCCAAAUAUAGUAUCUGUCUUUUAGUCAAAAUAGAGAGUGGGGAAUGAGUGUGCCGAUUCAGUACCUCAAUCCCUGAACGACACUCUCCUAAUCCUAAGCCUUACCUGAGUGAGAAGCCCUUUACCUAACAAGAGUCCAAUAUAGCUGAAAUGUCACUCUAAUACUCUUUACACAUAUGAGGUUAUAUGUAGAAAAAAAUUUUACUACUAAAUGAUUUCAACUAUUGGCUUUCUAUAUUUUGAAAGUAAUGAUAUUGUCUCAUUUUUUUACUGAUGGUUUAAUACAAAAUACACAGAGCUUGUUUCCCCUCAUAAGUAGUGUUCGCUCUGAUACGAACUUCACAAAUACAGCUUGUCAAAAGCAGACUCUGAGAAGCCUCGUGCUGUAGCAGAAAGUUCUGCAUCAUGUUACCACGGACAGGCAGGAGGAAACAGAGCAGACAAGCAUUGUCUUUUGCCAUUGCUCGAAGUGCAAGCGUGCAUACCUGUGGAGGGAACUGGUGGCUGCUUGUAAAUGUUCUGCAUCAUCUCAUGACAUUCUUGUCAUGACACAAUCCAGUACCUUGGUUUUCAGGUUAUCUGACAAAGGCAGCUUUGAUUGGGACACGGAGGCAUGGGCAGGUUGUCCUUUCUUUGGAAGCACAUCCAUGCUGGGAUGCACAGUUCUUUUCCUAAGGAUUGUGUUUACUCCCGAUUGCAAUGUCUUGGCCACUGUUAGGAGCAGUUUGGUCUGAAGGUCAUUAAGGAUCUGCUUGCAUCUUGUUUCAUGUCCUCCGUGACAGACUGCAGACCGUGUUAGGAAAGAAGGAAGGUUUGUGAAUCAAGAGGGUUGACAUUAGGUUUGGUGAGAUGAGUUGGUUGGCACAGAUCAGCAGAACAGGACCCUGGUGAUAAGGCAUCUGGCUUUGCUAACCACAUAUCAUCUUCCAUUAUUCUCUUUCUUAACUAAGUAGACCCGAAAGUGCACUUUCGAAGUUUGGUUUAGAUGGCGAGAUUCCAAAUCUACAAUGAUCGAGUACUGGUGGCCACUUUUCUCCAACAUUAAGUAAAGAGGAGAUUCCACCUUGAGAAAGUCCUGGGGAGCAUUGGCUUUCUUCCCACAUUGGUAGAGGAGAUGGAGGAGGAAACCAGGGUGCACAUUUCUACAGAUCCCCUUUGCCUGCUGGUGUUUGCCUUGUAAGAUAAGUCACUGGGGGAAAGGGGAAAUCUAUGAAAUCCAAGAUAAAGGCAUAGUCUUUCAGCUCUAUUGGUGUUCAAAGUACAUUUGUGUCCAAAUGUUAAUCAACACAAAUGUACAGUACUCCAUACUGACUUUUUUCGCUUCAAAAUGUUUUCAAGGGAAAUUCAGCAGACACCCAACUGUAUUUAAUUAGUGAAAAGUUCUAUAAAGACUCUUACUUUGAAUAAACACAUUAAAUGUGUCAAAA